AUGAAAACAUAAAUUUAAAAGGAAUUAAUAGAUCAAUAUGUUUAAAUGGGUUUUUCAGUUGAAUUAAUUCAUAUGGCAUGGGAAGUAAUUAAUACAGAAUCAGAAAUGAUGGACACACUCAUUUCUUUAUCAAAUUAAAAUUAGUAAAUGCAAUAAACAUCAAAUGUAUGAUUUUUUUUAAUAUUGUGUAUAGAAAUAAGAUGAAGAAAUACAAUUAACAUAAGCAUUACUUGAUUCAUAUAAAACAAAUCAAUAGACAGGAUCUUAACAAUUUGAAAUCAUUUCACCUGAAUAAAGGAAGAGAGUUGAUGGAAUACCAUGUGGUUUAAAGAAUGUUGGGAAUACUUGUUAUUUUAAUGGUUUGCUCUAAACAUAUUUUUUUGAUAGUCAAUUUGUGAAGACUAUCAUAAAUUUCUAAAUUGAAUAAGGGAAAUAAAGUAAAUCAAUAUAAUUAGUAUAAAAUCUAUAAAAUCUCUUCAUAAAUAUGAUUGGGAGUGAUAAAAAGUAUGUAGAUCCAUCAGAUGUUGUUAAAAGUAUCUGUGAUGAAUUUGGAAAUGUUCUUCCAAUAGGGGAUUAGAAAGAUGUUGGUGAAUUUAAUCAUUAUUUCUUAAGUAGAAUUGGAGAAGCACUUACAUAAACUAAAUAAGAAAGCAAUAAAGUGGAAGAUAUAUAUAUUGAAUCUUCUCCAUCUAUUUUAAAGUAAAAGUCAUCUAUUAUUCAUGAUGAAGAUAUUGUUUCAAAAUUAUUUAUGUGUAAAGUUUUUCAUCAAUUUCAAUUUGAAUAAGGUGGUAAUCAAUAAAUUAGAGAAAGUACAGAACUUUUUAAUUAUAUACCACUUGAUUUGAAAGAUGGAAAUUUAUAUGAUAGUUUUGAUAAUUUUGUUGUUAAUAAUAUUGAUGAUUUUAAAAAUGAUUUAAAUGAAACAGUUUAAGCAGUUAAAUAUAAUUGGAUACAUUAACCACCUUAAAAAUUAUCAUUUCAAAUUUAGAGAGUUAUUUAUUGCAAAGAUAAAAGUAAAAUUGUUAAAGAAUAUUAUAUUUAGAUGAUUUAAUUAAAUAAAAUGAUGAGUUUAUAUUUGAUGAAGAAAUAUAUUUGGAUCGAUUUUUAAUGGAAAAUAGUUAGAAAUAUUUGGAAACUAGAAUAUAAAAUAAAGAAUUUAAAUCAAAAUAAAAGUAAAUUAAAUUAAGUUAAUAAUAAUUAACUAAAUUUAAUGAACAACAUGAUUUAUAAGAUGUAUUAACUAAUGCAAUAAAAUUUUUGGAAAUGUAAAACUAAUAAAAUAUUGAUCAUGCUGCUAAUUUUGGAUAAUCAGAUUAAUAACCAGUUAUUGAUUAGUUACAAUAAUAUAAUUAAAAAGUAUAAAGGAAAAAGCAAUUAUUAUAAAAUCAAUAUGAUGAUCUUGAAAAGAAAAUAUAAGCUAGCUACAAUGAUUUAAAAAAACAUAAAUAUCUACUUCAAUCUAUUUUAAUACAUGAUGGUUAAGCAAGUAAUUUUAUAUUCUAUAUUAUUAGAUUCUGGACAUUAUUACACCUACAUUAAAGAUUUUCGUUUAGAAACAUGGUUUAAAUUCAAUGAUAUUCAUGUAUGUGUAGAGACAAAAGAGAAAGUAUUUUAAGAUGCUUUUGGUAUGAAAACAGGUGUUAAUGCAUAUUUAUUAAUAUAUACUAGAAUAGAUAUUGUAAAAUAAGAAUUAGAGUCUCCAAUGAGAAAAUACAGAAUAAGUUCAGAAUAGGGAUAUUUAAAUGAUAAAUAUGGAAGUUUCUUAAAUUACAUAUAAAGAGAAUAAUUAGCUAAAGAGAAUUAAUUAUUCUAAAAUGAAAUAGAGGAUUAUAAAUUUUCAAGGAUUAUAGAGAAAUUAAUUGAGUCUUAUUAAAUAAGAUUUUAAUUUAUUAAUGAGCAAUAUCGAAUUAUUUCUAAUUCUGUACAAUAAGAAGUAUAUAAGCCAUUGAUAACAUUGAAUUUUCCAAUGUUUAUUAAAAGUAAAAUGGUUGUGUUGGGUAAAGAUUGUUAUGAUAAUAUAUUAAAAUGGGCAAUAUUAGAUUCAGCAUUGAGAGAUGUAAAUUAAGAUAAAUAAGGUUUUUUUGGUGGAUAUAUUAGCGAAAAAGUAAAAUAUAAGAAUUAUGAGAUAGUUUUAAAAUUAAAUAAUGAAUAGAUUUAAGGCAUAAUUUAAUGAAUUUAAGAGACCAACAGAAUUUUUGAGUUUGGAAGAAUAAAAUGAACUUCAUAGAUUAUCUUAAGAAUAUAUAUAAUACGUUGCAAUGGCUUCUUUGGCUUCAAUAUUAUUGGAUUUAAUAUUAAAAAGAAAUUUUUCAAAUGUAUUAUCAGUGUUACAUCAUUUUUCAAAAAUUGCAAAAUAAUUGGAUAUGCAUAAUUAUUUUUAUAAAAUGGCAAGUAAUUUUUAAAAAUUAAUUCCAAUUAUAAUAAUUUGUAAAAUGAUACCAAUAUAAGCAGAUGUAAAUUUAUAAGAAUUAGAAUUACUAUAAGCAUAUCUAACAUUUUAACAUUUUUAAGAUGAUAAUUAGAAUUUUUGGGAAACUUAAAUUUCAAUUAUGAUGAAUGCAGUUCAUGAAAAUCAUUAUGAACCAUAAGUAUAGGUUAUAAUUACAAAAUUAGAAAAUAAUGUAUAAGAUCCAAAUUUAAUAGGAUUAUUAGAAAUGAUUAAUGAUGUAAAUAUAUUUAAUUAUAUUUAUAUAUAUAGGAUGUAGGUAUAUAAUAAGCAGCAUUAAGUGUUAAUUAUGAUGUUCAUUAUUGGAAUCCAAAUAUGAAAUAAGAUAUUUUAUUUGAUAAGUUAAUAAGCGGUUGGAAAGAUUUGAAAACAUAAUUUAAUGUAAGAUUAGAGUUUAAAUUUAGCCAUUUAUCAAGAUUUAAAAAGCUCUUAAAUAAUCCAUUCACCUUCUAAUGAAAUAGGAAUUAGAAAAUCUAAUUUGUUGA